UCCAGACCGCAGAGCGGCUGCCAAACGGCUGCGUUGGACAGAGGGGGUGGCCGAGCCGGGGCCCCUGCGGGCAGCACGGGUGACAAUCGUGACAAUCGCGACAAUCCCUGCCCCAGCGGGGACAGGCACGGCCGUGGGGGCAGCAUGGGCGGUGGGAAGGGAGCAGAUCCAUGAAGAUCCUCGGAGUUGGGGCUCAGGAGCGGAGCUGAGGCGGAUCCGGGAGCGGGAUCGCAGCUGGGAGAGCCCCACCAGGGCUGGGCAGUGCCAGAGGGUCCCGCAGGACCUGGAUGCUGGAGGAUGAUGCCGUGUGGGGUCGGUGGCUGGGUGAUGCUGGCAUUGAUGACCUCGUCCUUCAGCUUCGCAGCUGAGGAGCUGCUGUGCGCCUGCGACGUGCCCCACUGCAGCCAGCCCAACUGCACGGGCCAGGUGUGCUUCGUCAGCAAGAGGAGGGAGGAGGGCACCAUCACCCAGCACCGGGGCUGCUUCUCCCAGAACAUUCUGGAACACUGCCACACGCCCGUCACGGAGCACUACGGCAUGAGGUGCUGCAACUUCCACAUGUGCAACGCCGAGCUGGAGAUCUUCCUGCAAGGAGAAGAUGCUCUGGCAAAGACACCUUCCCUACCCAACCUCCUCCUGAUGAUCUUCGUCCCGCUGCUCUCCCUCCUCGUCCUCGCGGCGCUCACGGCGCUCUUCUGCUGGAAGGUGGCCCAGCACCGCCACAAGCACAGCGACUUCGGCGACACUGACCUCAUGCUGAAGGCAUCCAUGAUGGGAGACAGCACCUUGGAGGACCUGCUGAACGACGACUGCACCACGGGCAGUGGUUCUGGGCUGCCUUUCCUUGUCCAGAGGACGGUGGCUCGGCAGAUCAGCCUCAUGGAGUGUGUGGGUAAAGGUCGCUACGGCGAGGUGUGGCGGGGCGUGUGGCACGGCGAGAGCGUGGCCGUCAAGAUCUUCUCCUCGCGGGACGAGCAGUCGUGGUUCCGCGAGACGGAGAUCUACAACACCGUCCUGCUGCGACACGACAACAUCCUGGGUUUCAUUGCCUCUGACAUGACCUCCAGGAACUCCAGCACGCAGCUCUGGCUCAUCACGCACUACCACGAGAACGGCUCCCUCUACGACUUCCUGCAGAGGACAGCCCUGGACGUGGACACCUGCCUGGGCCUGGCCUCCUCCAUCAUCUGCGGCCUCGUCCACCUCCACGUGGAGAUUUUUGGCACUCAGGGCAAACCUGCCAUCGCCCACCGGGACCUGAAGAGCAGGAACAUCCUGGUGAAGAGCAACCGGCAGUGCUGCAUCGCAGACCUGGGCCUGGCCGUCAUGCACUCCCAGGGCAGCGAUUACCUGGACAUCGGCAACAACCCCCGCGUGGGCACCAAGCGCUACAUGGCCCCGGAGGUGCUGAGCGAGCAGAUCCGCACCGACUGCUUCGAGUCCUACAAGAAGACAGACAUCUGGGCCUACGGGCUGGUGCUCUGGGAGAUCACCCGGAGGAACGGUGGUGAACGGCAUUGUGGAGGAGUACCGCCCGCCCUUUUUCGACGCCGUGCCCAGCGACCCCAGCUUCGAGGACAUGAAGAAGGUGGUGUGUGUGGACCAGCAGACCCCCGUGAUCCCCAACCGCCUCUUCUCCGACUCGGUUCUGUCGGCGCUGGCGAGGAUCAUGAAGGAGUGCUGGUACCAGAGCCCCUCGGCUCGUCUCACCGCCCUGCGCAUUAAAAAGACCUUGAAGAAGCUCAGCAAUUCCGCCGAGAAGCCAAAACUGGAGCAGUGAGCGCCGGGAACCGGACACCGGAGCCGCAGACGGGCGGCGCCGGGGCCGGGAUGGCUCCGCUCGCACCGGGGAUUCGCUCGCAGCUCCUGCCUCUCCCGCUCCUCCUUCCAGCCGCUUGGAUUUGCAAGAAAAGAAAAAAAAUAGGGGAAAAAAAAAACCCAACACCAAAGGAGGAAUCUUCCACCCGGCCUUAAAAAUAUCCCUGGGUCCGUCAUCCGAUACCGGCGCGUCUCGCUGUGCCGGCGGGGGUGGCGGCUGGUCACCCACCCUGAGGGGCACCGAUGGCAGAACCACUGCCAGCCUUCUUCAGAGCACCCACCCCGAGGGGCACGGAGGGCAGAACCACUGCCAGCCUUCUUCAGAGCACCCACCCCGAGGGGCACGGAGGGCAGAACCACUGCCGGCCUUCUUCAGAGCACCCACCCCGAGGGGCACGGAGGGCAGAACCACCCCCAGCUCC